GCACGCGCUCACUUGUCCGAGCUUACGCUCGGCGCUCUUUCCCUCCACCAUCGACAUUCGAUGGACACUCGGUGGGUACCUGGUGGGCACCUGGUGGUCUCUGCUAGUGGCGGCACCAUAUCACACUAUCUCCUCGCUCGCUAUUCGACAGAUCGUGGACCGCGCGCGUGCAUCCGAACGUUACGUCGGUCUGUCUCCUCUCUCGAUCUCUUUUCCUUCGUUUAUCCUUUUUCCAUUUCACAUCCUCCCUCCUUCUGUUUCUAUCAUUUUCUUUCUUCAACAAACUAUUCUCUCCUUUUCUCUCUCUUAUUCUCCUCUCUCUUCCCUAUAUCCAUCGAUGUUUCGCGAAUUAAAAAGGGGGCUCGCGACCGUUCACCAGGAAUUAUUCACGGGGACGCAGCGAGUGAUCUUCGAGCUUCGAGUGUGACCGGAUCGCGAUUUCUUACUGUGACCGAUACUGUCUCUUAAUGAAUGCUUCGUUUUUUGUCCAAAGAAGAUGAAGCUUGUGAUCGUCUACGGAAAAUGACUUAACGAAGUAUUAUAAUCGCCGUCGAAUUGUGCUUCGGCAAAUCGACAGAUAUAUUAAUCGAUCAAUCCCGCGAUCUGACAAGGUGAUUAUCGUGUUGAGGAAGACAGAGAGAGAUACAAAUGUGUGGCGACUCAAUGUUCGGCGGCUUUUGAUUUGGAUUGGCCAUGAGAUUCGGCGAAGAUCGAAGAUAUCACAGGUCCGGAUUUUGACGAGAUCAGAACGCAUAAGUCACACCCGACAGCGAGAUAGAGAAACUUGUCCGGUGUCUCUUUUGCCGCUCUUCCCACUCUCUUUUUCAGAGAGCUUGUUGUAAGUUACAUAAAGAGGGAUUUUACUGGUCAGUUAAUGAACCCGGCUGUGCGCUCACGCAAGAAACGUCCAACGACGCCGACGACGACGACGAAAACGACGAGGACGACGGCUGAGUCGGCAUUACGCAAAAGUCAAGAAUAAAGGACCAACGACGAAAUCACGACAAGUGAAAGUGAAGCCGAAGUAACGCGCGACCCACCUGGACCAGGCAAGAAAGUCCAGUGCGUAAUACGAAUGCGAGAGACACGUGGUGCGGUGGUACCUGUCGAAACUGCGCUCGACACAACGACGAGGCGAUAUUGAUGAUAACGACAGCGAUAAUGACGACGCAGGUACGCACUCACAAGGAGAACAAUGCUCGGCGCAGUAACGCCAGAUGAUGAUGAUGAUGAUGAUGCUGAUGCUGAUCCCCUCUAACGUAACUCUGGAUUAUAACGGAACUCUGGAACGCGCUCUCAAUCGCCAAUCAGAACGUAAAGUGAUUAAUUAGAUGUCUUUGAAUUAUAUAAUUCACUCUUAUUCGAAUAAGACUGAUAGUUACAUAUCAUUCGAAAGAGAUCGACCGUUCGAAGAUCAUUGAGAGCCGGUCCAAAUAAGAGUACGAAUAAACAUUGUUUAAUAUUAUUUUCAAGAAACAUUAUUAAUUUAAUAAAUUGCAGACAGCUAUUGAAAAUUAAGUUCAAUAAAAGUGACGUGAUUAGUUUGGACUUAUUGGUGUAGAAGCAUCUUAUCAGUGUCUUUUUGGGUGAAAUUGAUUUUUUUAUCGAUCAACGAGCUCAAGAGGAAAGUCUUCUGCCCGAUUUGUGAAUCAAUCAAAAAUCGAAGAUGAAGUUUAUUGCAUCUUUGUUUGGGACGGGGUCCCCGAAAGCGAUGGGCAGGCAGUACAUGAAGGUCGGCAGAAACGCCCUUUUUGGCGUGAGGACUGACAAUAUUGACAAUAUUUGUACCGAAAAAGUGCCGAGGCCAUUAUCCUUGCUAAUAUCUAAGAAGGGAAAACUCAGGCAUGGUAGGAUAGCAGCAAUCUGUUUAGGUUUCCUUGCACUAGUGAUCGGCAUAGUGCUCAGUAGCAUACCAUGGGUUGAUUAUCUCAUUUUAAGACAACUGCGACUAUGGAACGGCUCGCUCUCCUUUCAAUAUUGGCAAAAGCCAGGCGUAGCUCGAUUAACCAAAGUCUACAUAUUUAAUGUAACCAACACGGAGAACUUCCUGCAGUUUAACGAGAAGCCAAAGCUCCAGGAAAUCGGCCCAUUCGUUUAUCGAGAGGAUAUGGAAAAGGUUAACAUCGUAUUUCACAAUAACGGAACCAUCAGUUAUCAGCAUAAGAAAAUUCUGAAUUUUGUACCUGAAAUGUCCAAAGACGGGAACACCAAACUGAUAGUGCCGAAUAUACCUUUGCUAACACUUUCGACGCAAAGCAAGAGUCUUCCACGUUUCAUCACAAUGGGAUUAUCAAUUUUCUUGAGCGGGAUGCACAUGAAACCCUUCGUUCCUGUAACAGCGCAGGAACUUGUCUUUGGUUACGAUGAUCCACUAGUUAGUCUCGGAUAUCGAUUUCUUCCCAAAGCAAGACGGCCCAUGAGUAGAAUGGGCCUUCUUAUCGGAAGAAACGGUACGUUGAGCGAAAUAUCCACAAUAUUCACCGGACAUACGGAUAUGAAGCAAUUUGGUCUGAUAAAUCGAUUGAACGGCCUUGAUCAUUUGCCAUAUUGGCCAACGGCACCCUGUAACUCCAUUACAGCUUCGGAAGGGUCCUUCUUUCCGCCGCGGGAUCAAACCGGUGCUGAUAUCAUUCACGUAUGGGACAAGGAUCUUUGCAGAACAUUGCCGUUGCAAUAUCGCGGACCGGUAGAAAAAACGGGUAUCAAGGCGGAUUUAUAUACCCCGCCGGAUGAAGUUUUCGGUAAAUCUACGGAGAAUGAAUGCUUUUGCUCCGACAGCAUCACCAGUUGCCCCGCGCAAGGCUUGCAAAACAUUAGUCCGUGCCAGUACAGUGCGCCAGUUUACCUCUCGUUUCCACACUUUUACAAAGCAGACCCUAAAUUGUUAAAUGCCAUUGACGGACUCAAUCCGACAAAAAAACUACACGAAUCAUACUUUAAAAUUCAACCGAAACUCGGUGUGCCAAUAGAAGCUAAAGUUCGCCUUCAGUUGAAUCUAAAAGUAGAACAACAGCGUAAUAUUGCAACAGUCGCGAAUUUCUCUGACAUAGUUUUCCCUAUCAUGUGGCUUGAGGAAGGCAUAGAAGAGCUCACACCUCCCAUCAGACGCUGGAUCUAUUUUGCGACCACGUUCGCCGACAACGCUGUACCCUGCAUCACAUAUGGUAUGAUUUUAGUCGGAUUGACGACAAUCAUUACAGUGUUCGUGAAGGCGUACAACAGUCCAGUAUUGGCGCACGAGGCGAUCGAGCUCGGCAAGAAGACCAUCAGGAGAGGCUCGUCCUUCCUGAUAACCGGCCAGCAUCGUUUGUUGGUCGGUCGAGACUCUUACGUCUUGUUGAAUAAUGUCGACCUCGACGAAAAGCAGGACGUGAUAGAGACCUGAUGAUGAAUAUACUCCGUGCAUGAAUUCUAAUGUUUGCUGAUGCUAAGUAAGUGUGCGCAUUAAUUAUAGUGAUCGUCAAGUAAACGAUAAUUAAUGACGCUUAGUCUCGAUUCCACGUAAAUUAAUUUAGUUGUGACAUUUAUAAAAAAAUUUGUUAAAUAGUGAUGGUAUAUAAAAGUAAUUAGAAAAUCGCGAUUUUAGAUAGAAGAAUUUAAGAAUCUCACGGGAAUUAAAAUAACUAGAAUUUAAGGCGUUUAGGAAUUUAAAGCUUAUCUAUGUCUCAAGGUAUGAUUUAGGAUCCAACAAAUUUAAAUAAUCUACGAUUUAAUUAACUUGGAUUUUGAUUAACAUAUCAUUUAAGAUGAUUUAUAGAGUUAAAAAAAUAUAGGAAUUAUGAAGACUUACAUGACACAAGAAGAUCUUCUUCAUCGAGAUUUUAAUUGUCAACAAAAUGUAUAUGCUAAGAGCUCUUACGAUACGACUCUAUCAUGAAACUUGCCGAAAGGCUACGAGUCUUUUAAUUAAUGUAGGAUUAUAUUUGAUUUUUUUUUUAUUAUUUUACCAAAUAUAACCAUAAACUGCACACACAUUAGUGUAUAAUUAGAUUGUAAUUAGGAUUUAAGUAAUCUUGGCAUUAAUUUUUAGGCUUAGGAUUCUGGGAGCCACAUAUCAUCUAAAUUGAAUCUCACAAUCCAAGUAUUAAAAAUUCUAAAGAUUUUUUUCCAAGGGUUGAUUGUGUAAGAAUUAUAAUAUGUGUAUAUAUAUUUCAUCAAAUAAAUGAUAAUCGAUUUAUUAUUGUCAAAAAAAAAGAAUCGAGCUAAAAAUUAAAUCUAGGCGUCAUUAAUUAGUAAUAAUAUCGUCGUUAAAACAAUAUUGGUACCUGCGAUACGAUAUGUGGCAUAAUGCAUCUUCUUUAACUGCGUACACCAAAGUCUCACUGUUGAUGGAUAACUAAUUAACUAUAACUACAUGCGGAGCCAAAUUGGUAUUUGUAUAUGAAUUUCACACGGAGAAAGGCUUCCUUUUAUUUUACGCGAGUUUUUAUUUGGACGAAAUUCGCGAAAGGGUUUUUAUCUGGAAAAGUUUUAUUUGUUUAAAUGGAAUCGAAAUUCGCCAAAGAAUUUUUCACGAUCUUUCACAAUGCGUGAAAGUAAACCGAUACGACCAUUAUAAUAUUCGUAUAGCUAUAAUAAAACGUAAUAUGUAUUAGCGUUUUUUUUUUCUUAAUUAUGAAAGAAAACUUUUGGGAUCCGACGGACGCUUGUGAACGUAAUCAAUCAGGGAUUACCUGGUAACCUUCGCGAGAGAUCCUUAGAUUAUAUUGAAUACAUUAUCAUGUCUGUGAUUCCAUUUUUAUUUAUAUGUAAUAUGCAAUUCGCGUUUGAAUGGAGAACAACGAGGAGAAGCUUCAUUGGCAAUUAAGUGAAUGGACGAAACUUUCACUUGUGACAAUCGCGACAAUGCUUCUUCUCAACGUGUUCCACUCGUACUCGGCCAUAAUCUAGUGCAAUAUUAGCGAUCGUAUGUGUUAAGUAUACUAUCAUUGCCAGCAAUCGUGCGGCGAAAUAACGUCGAACAAUAAAUAAGUAAGGUCAGUUGCGCCGACAAUUUUAGCGCUUACAUUGCUACGCAAAUCUAAAUAUCCGGUUAACGAUUUGGAGCGCGCUUCCAGUUCUGUAGAACAUUGGAAAGACAUCAAUUUAGUUUAAUCGUAAUUAUUAUUAAUCGAUAUCGAUAUCGAUAUGAAUUAAAAACGGCUUGACGAUUAAUCAAAUGAGUGAUACAUUGAAAAUGUAAUGCAAUUAUGUGUAUCGGUUUUAAGUACUUUUAAUAUAUCCCAAGAAUGUGUGGAAAAAAAAUUAGAGGGUAAGCUUGUUCUAGUACGAACGGAAUUUUCUAACCGAAAUUUAAUAAAAUAACUUUAUCCAAA